GUUUACUUUCAAUCUAGUGAGUAAGUUUUUGAAUUAUCUUCAUGAAUAAUUUAGUCUCUUGUUAUUUAAAGCAGUUAUAAUGAUAGAGACUGUCGAUAGAAGUGAAAACUUUCAUAUGUUCAUAAUUUCAUAAUGUUGAAUUAAAAUUAUCAACGUCAAUCUAGUUUUCACUUCUAUUGACACUCCGACCGACAAUUAUAAGCAUGUUUAUAUGGUUUUUUAUUAUUCAAAUAAAUUACGGGCUGUACAAGAUCAUGACAAAAUAUAAAUACAAUUCAAUUGAAAUAACAAUUAAUAUACAAUUAUAUUGUGUUGUUUUUUAAAUUUCGUUGAAUUUCAACAAUACUUAGACUUAUUUUUUAUUUCAUUUAAUUGACACUAUCAAUUAGCAACACAUAUUUAAAUUAAAAAAAAGUAUUGAUGGAAAGAAGCAGAAGCAGAUUACUUAAAUAUUAGUGCCGAGAAGAAUAGUUCUGGUGAUGUUUUAAGCAAUGACACCGAUUCUAAUGUCAAACUGAAGAUCCAUUUAAAAUAAGUGAUGUAUUAAAUUUAAACUCAUGGAAAUUGAUUUAUGAUGACAUUAAUUCGGAAAAAUGUAAGCAAAAGUUCCUGAUAAUUCUUCGGGAAUGGAUUAGAAAAGAUCAGAUAUAUAAUGCUUAUAAUUUAGAUAAGAUUAGUGCUAGUUUGAACGGUGAUGAUCUGAGCGACAUUUUAUCUAUAGAUAGUUCAUUGGAGGACGAGAAUUCCACUGCUGACAUAGAUGUGACAAAUGCUGACAAUAUACGGGAUUCUCUUUUACCAACAGAGAAUCAACUACCAGAAGUGCUUAAGAGAAGUAAAGUCGUUUCCUAUAUACAUCAGAUUAAUGUCCAGAACAGUAAAAUAGAACAAAUUCGGAAGGCAUUAAUAGUGUGCGAAUCAAAUAAAAUGCUCUUUAAAAGCAGGAAAAGAGUUGAAGCCGAGAAACUUCUGCUCAUUGAAAAUAUAAAAAAGACUCUUCUAGUACAGGCAUCUAAUUCCACUGAUGUGCAAGAUGGACACCCAGCAGAUUUUAAUAUUAGAAAUAUUCGUUUCACCUUGCAAAAAGCUGCAUUGGACAAUGCAGCUUAUUACUAUGUUUGCGUCCUUAAGUAUGGUGUCAACGUUGUAGCCAGCGAUGUAGUUAUGCCUGUAAAGAACGUGAUCUUUUUCGGUAGUAAUAUGUAUUUAAAAAAAGUCAUCCACAAACUAACACUAAGUCUGUAUCAUAUAAGGAUAUAUAAAGAUACCACACAUAAAAGUAAACUUUCAAAGAUAAAGGGGAAAAUGCUGAAGAGCCUGUUUCAUGUUACAAAUGGUAGAGCAAGACACAAUCUAGAUCAGAACAAAUAUUGCAAAUUUGAACAGAUUGGAGAAACAUCACUACCAUCUGUAAAUGAAAAUUUGAUGCUCAUAAAUAUGACUAUAGAAACUAUAGAUAUCCAUGAAAUGUUCACAGCAGACAUUAAAGUUAUGCCUCAUUUUAAACUAUAGGAACGUAAUAUAGAAUAGGUAUUGACGAUGUUUAUACAUAUAGUAUUUAUUUGAAUAACUGUACAUAUUUGUGUAUUUAAUAAGAUAUUUAUGUGAACAUUGUUGUUUAUAAGAUUAAAAGGACUUAUACUGCAUUGAAUAAAUGUCCUUAAAAUUCAUUUUUGUCAACUUUUUUCUGAAAGUUAUUAGCAACAAUAUGAGUUAAAUUUGUGUGGGGUACGAAACAAACACCAUUGGAGCUUCUGGAAUGUUUUGUCAGACACAAAUAUCACUGACAUCUCAUUUUUGGACGAAGUCUGUUCCGUAGGUGUUUCUGGACCACAAUACGUCCUCAUCGUUUAGACUUCUAUUUUCCCUCUAUCAAACAAUAUCCCCUAAAGAAGGACUUCCUGAAUCGGGGCCAUCAAAAAUCUUCACAUAGUCAAAUACACAGCUGCUUUGUUCCUCCAAUUCAAAAGUGACAAAAUUCAUUUCAGUUGAGUGUCCCUUUGCCACGAUAUUCCAAUCGCAAACCCCAUUAUCAUAAUUACUCUUUCCAUAAUUUACUUGAGAAUAAAUAUUUUUAAUUUCAAACGUUGCUUCUAAAUAUCCGCCACUGAUGUGCAAGGUAAACUCCCAGCAGAUUUUAGUAUUAGAAAUAUUCGAUUCACCUUGCGGAAAGAUGCAUUGGACAACGCAGCUUAUUAAUAUUUUUGCAUCCUUAAGUAUGGUGUCAACAUUGUAGGCAGUAAAUAGUGAUGCCUGUAAAUAACGUGAUCUUCUUCGACAGUAAUAUGUAUUUAAAAAACGUAAUCCACAAACUAACAUUAAAUCUGUAUCAUAUGAGGAUAUAUAAAGAUACAACGCAUAUAAGUAAAUUUGCAAAGGUAAAGGGGAAACUGCUGAAGAGCCCGUUUCAUGUUACGAAUGGAAGAGCAAAUAACAAUCAACAUCAGAGCAAAUAUUCCAAAUUUGAACAUAUUGGAGAAACAUCACUACCAUCAUUAAAUAAACAUUUGAUGCUCAUGAAU